CGGAACUGACACAACACCGGAAGUCUUUCACUGUUACACAUACCCGGGUUAAUUAGCUAAGAAAGAGUGAAAAUAGAGUAAACAUGCACUGAACUUCCAUUCUUGUGUACAAUUUCGCUUGUAAAAGUAGUCCCUACGACAAAAAAUGGCUUCUACGUCAAACUGUGACACACCGUCUGUCUCCGACGUGGAAAAAAGCAGGAGUGGACUUUGCGAGGAGUUUGCUGGGAUAACGGGAACUGACAGCGCCGUGGCUCAAUGUUACCUGGCUGAAAAUGACUGGAAGAUGGAGCGAGCUUUAAACUCAUUCUUUGAGGCAGACAUGGAGAGAGUAUUUGAGGAAGACUUUGAGGAGAGUGACAGCAGCCCUCAAAAAAAGAGGCAAAAGGUCGAGAAAGAUCCUCCAAAGGAGUGCAUCGAUUUGACCGGAGACAGUCCAGCUGCACAAAGACCAUCAGAUGAAGAUGACGGCAAACUGUCGCUGAUCUCCUGGAAUGUGGAUGGACUUGACACAGACAAUCUGGCAGAGCGUGCCAGAGGCCUCUGUUCCUAUUUAGUCUUAUACACCCCUGAUGUGGUAUUCCUGCAGGAACUCAUUCCACCUUAUGUUCAAUACUUGAGGAAACGGGCUGUCAGCUACCUCAUCAUUGAAGGUGGUGAAGAUGCUUACUUCACAGGGAUGAUGCUAAAGAAAUCUCGAGUUAAGUUCUUGGAGAGUGAGAUAGUAACCUAUCCUACCACUCAGAUGAUGAGGAAUCUACUUGUAGCUCAGGUGACGUUCAAAGGUCAGAGGUUGUGCCUGAUGACUUCCCACCUUGAAAGCUGCAAAGGCCACUCUCAGGAGCGGAUGAAACAGCUGCAGACGGUGAUGCAGAGGAUGAAGGAUGCUCAUGAUGAAGUCACCGUCCUGUUUGGAGGGGACACAAAUCUGAGAGACACGGAGGUAGCCAAAGUAGGCCUACCUUCUAGCGUCUGUGACGUGUGGGAGCGACUGGGCAAGCAGGAGCACUGCCGCUACACAUGGGACACCAAAGCCAACAACAACAAGACCGUUCCCUUCGUCAGCCGCUGCCGCUUCGACCGCAUCUACCUCCGGCCAGCUUCCAAGGAAGGAGUCCCAUGUCUGGCCCCGGACCACAUGGCCCUAAUUGGACUGGAGAAGCUGGACUGUGGUCGCUACACGAGUGAUCACUGGGGAAUUUACUGCAGCUUCACUGCAGGGUAGAAACACUAAAACAGAUGGAAGCAUUUUGGUUAAAGCUGCUGUUUCACAUCCGCUACUAUGGUCUUUUUAUUUUUACUAUUUCAUCACACUUGCUAAAAGAUGUUCUGACAUUGGUUGCUUGUUUAUGUUAGGUCUUGAUUUUACUAGUUGUCUCUUAAAUGUUUUAAAAUAAGCUAAUAAAAAACUUUGCUUGCCUUCCCCCCAUUAAAAUUGAUGACAGAAACAGCCA